AUGGGCUCUAAUACCCUUAAUAGCAGCCGCAUCGGCGGUGCUAAAUCCCGGUCGGGGUGCAAAACUUGCAAAAUUCGAAGAGUUAAAUGUGGCGAGGAGAAGCCAUCAUGUCUUCGCUGCUCCAGCACCGGGCGCAAAUGUGAAUAUGGAGGUACUAGAACAUCCUCCGUACUUUUCGCCCCCAACACAGCGCCUCCCAGCUUCAGUCUGAUGGCAUCCCCGAAUAGUGGUUGUCACGAGCGGCGUGCCUUUGAAUACUAUGUCCAGCAUGCAUCCAACGGACUUGCAGCAGGGAUGAACGUCGAUUUCUGGACUAAAGUGACCCCGCAAAUAUGCCGCACCGAGCCUGCUGUGUGGGAUGCCAUAAUCUCAAUCAGCGUCUUAUACGAACAUCCGGAUCAGUGCCUGGACUUCCCGCUCCUGAAGCUGCAAAAAGAAAAGAAGUGGGGCCUGAAUCAAAUUCAACGAGAGGCCUUGACUUGGUACUCCCGCGCCAUAUCCAGCAUCCACUCCCAAAUUGCGCGUGGUAGAGCAGAUCCAUAUGUCGCACUGAUUAGCUGUGUGCUAUUCAUCUGUAUAGAGGCCAUUCAAGGCCGUGUGAUAGAGGCUCUCCAACUCUAUGAGCAGGGUGUGAAUUUGAUUCUUACCUUGCGUCAUCAAGUUGCUGUUGGCAUGCUCUCCCCCCAUAAGGCCUUACUUCUAGAAAAGACUGUCAUACCCCUGUUCUUACGGUUGGGCUCCAUAUCUUUGACUGUAUCAACGGUUAAAAUUAGCGAGAUCUUUGCCUUUGCGAAUAAUGACUUGAAUACCACGUUCACAUCCUUCGAUGCAGCGAGAACUGCCAUUUCUGUUUUAUUUUCAGAGGUCACGAUCCUUGAGCGAGAAGCAAUGCCACAUCGCAGAGCAGCCAUUAGGGACUUGAUUCCAGAUGCGCAAUUGCUUGCCAAGCAGCAAUCGCUCCAAACAAAAUUGAACCAUUGGCACCAUGCUUACACAAAUCUCUGCCAACAUACCGGCCGGGCUGAACGGUUACUCCUGGCAUAUCAUGCCGCUAUAUCAAUAUACAUCUCUACAUGUUUGUCGCAACGGGAAUUGGUCUAUGAUUCCCACAUGUCAGACUUCACCGUCAUCGUCGAGAAUGCAAGUCUAGUUUUUGCAGCUUCAGGAGGCUCGGACUGUGUCCAACCACCCUUCACAUUCGAAAUGGGCUUGGGUCUCCCAUUGUUUCUGACUGCAGUCAAGUGCCGCGAUCUACACCUGCGACGGAAGGCUUUGGGAUUAUUACGUCAAGCACCACCGAUUCAAGCACUCUUCACCUGCUCCCCUGUGGCUCUUAUGGCAGAGAAGUGUAUGGAAUUGGAAGAGGAUUACAACCGUUCCAUAGCACUUACACAUGAUCCACAACUCUCUUAUCCGUCUCCUCAAAGCUGUGGUUCGGAUUCUUCUCCACUCUCUGCGUUGGAGCAUGAGUCUACCGGUGAUCAGUCUACCCUGAUGCCCGAAGAGGCUCGCAUUUGUUAUUAUAAUUUUUUCCAACCUCAGGAUAGGUGCUCUCCAGGGGUGAUGAAAGCAGGGGUAAUGGAAGGAGACACUACUGGAGAUAGGUAUGGUCAAGUAUUUGAAGCCUUCCGGAAUUACUAUGAUACAGUCAGCAAUACGUGGCGCACGAUAUCCCAUCGUGUGCUGUUAUAG